AACCGGAAACUCUCUUUCCGCCAUAAUCACUGUUUCGUACGCAUGUAUUCGUCAGGACUUCCUCCACUUUCUCUUUCCUUCCCUCCGCCUGUCUUACUCUCUGAUUUUAUUUCUUUAGCCACCGUUUCUUCAGUCUGUCUUUCUCUCUCUAAUUUAUUUCAGGCCCGCGAUGUUUAGUUCGGAGGAAUAUUUGAGGAAGAAAACUGGUGAAUAUGGCAUCGGUCGUCUCAGUUACCUCCAGUCGUUGGUGACAGAGUUUGAAGAGACAACAUCCGAUGAUGCUAAGAAAGAAAUUCUUGCCAACCUGGCUAAUUUUGGCUACGACCCCCUAAACUAUGGCUUCUUUCGCCAACUCAAUAUCCUGGAUUUGUUUCUUGAUUCUUUAGAAGACAACGAUGAGAAAAUGGUAGAAUUUGCCAUAGCAGGUUUAUGCAAUUGCUGUUUAGAUGAGAAAAACAAGGAGUUUAUUAUCAAAAACGAUGGUGUAAAUAUUGUGAAAAAGCACUGCCUCAGUGGUGCUAAUGAAGAAACAUUAAUAUCAGCCUUGACAUGUCUGAUGUUCCUCAUCACCCCAGCUUCCAAAAAAGCUAUUCUGACGGAGGAGUUCACAAAACGAAUCCUAGACUGGUCUGGAAACUCUAACGCACGCAUUAAAAACUUAGCUACCAUAUUCAUCGAGGAUUAUUUCAACAAAGAAGAUAAUAAGGUGAAAUACGGAGAUCAAGCUUCAGUCGCAGACCAUUGACAACGAUGACGAAAGCUAGAAGCUCAGAAAUUCUGGUGAGAUGGAGCAGCUGAAUAUAUCGACCGACCUACCCCAGUAGUUAACUGGUAUUUUGAUUUAUCGGCACGUCACCUCCAGAAGGAAGAAAGGUAGAGUGUUGACCCCGACUUGAUUUGAACUCAAGAAUGCACAGGAAUCUGUUGCAAAAUACUCCGGGUCAAGCACUGCUGCAUUCAAGUGCAAUUCGUUUGUGCAACAGCUCGAGCAAGUGCCUUCGUCUGUAGCCAGAGGCUGAGCAAAGUCUUAUGAACAGAUUUGAAAGGUGGAAACUAAAAGAAGAUUUUCAAGUAUAUCUAUAUAGGCGCAAGCAUUGCUGUAUGGCAAGAAGGUUGGUUCCAGGUUCAGUCCCACUGCGUGGCACCUUGGGCAAGUGUCUUCUUCUAUAGCCUCAGGCCGACCAAAGCUUUGUUAGUGGAUUUGGUAGACGGAAACUGAAAGAAGCCCAUGAUAUGUUUGUGUCUGUUUGUCCCCGCCCCACCAUUGCUUGACAACCAAUGUUGGUGUGUUUACUUAACAGGUUUUUCAAAUAGUUAUUUAUAUUGACUGCGACCAUGCUGGAACACCGCCUUUUGUUGAACAAAUCGACCCCAGGUCUUAUUCUUUGUAAACUUAGUACUUAUUCUAUCAGUCUCUUUUGCUGAACCGCUAAGUUACAGGGACGUAAACACACCAACAUCAGUUGUCAAGCGAUGGUGUGGAGACAAACACAGACACACAAACAUAGAUACAAUUGGCUUCUUCCAGUUUCUGUCUAUAGUAUAACCUGUCGUAUGACAAUGUAUAAUUUUGGCAGCUUCCUUUUGCCAACAUGGCCAAACAUCAAGAAAUACAGCAGACAGUUACAAGUUUAACUUUUAUCAAAUUUCUUGGUGCUUCAUACAAAAUAAUGAAAUGAAAAUUGAUUUUCAAAACGAAAAAUAUUUAUUACUUUUAAAAUAAAAUUACAUAAUACAAAUUUCA